UUUGUUUCGAAAUCAAAACAAAGCUUUUUAUAAGGGGUUUUUAAUACUUAUUUAUACCUAAUAUAUUUUGUUAUCUUAUCGUAAUAAUGAAAUCUUAUCAAACGCUCAUUAGUUCGUAAUCAUAAGUGUCAAUAAUAGCAUAAUGAAAACUUUUUGUUUAACAACUUUGCUGUGAAAAAUAUCGCGACCAAGAUAAAAAAGAUGGAAGACGAAGGAGAAAAUAUAGAAAUGAACACAUCCAGUGCUCGGAGGGCAUAUACUUUGAGAAACAAUGUGGCAAGACAGGUGGCUGUAAACUUCAUGCCCUCCCGACAGAUUGCACAUAAUACCCUAAGGAUGAGGCGGGUAAAUAGCGAGCAUAAUGCGUUACUGGACGCGUUGACUGACGCCCCGGACGCGGUGGAGCAGCAGGCGGACAUCAUCGUCCGGGAAAUGGAGCAGCACCAAUUGCUGAUGGAGGACAACCCUAUGUCCGAGGAAUUGAGGAGGGAAGCUCUGCGUGAUCUGCCUCAAUGCAUGACGAUGAAAAGAAACGUACGCGCGAAGCUAUCAGCGUCAGUUAGUUUGCGGUCGAAACGGCGACCGAUAUCGUUCUUUAAGAGGCUGAAAUAUCGAGUCAGUUUUGCAUGGAAGAGAACUCGCGACAAAUUCCGCGACUUCAUAUUUUCGAUAGAGCUAUGGUACGAAGCUAUUCGGAACAUCGAAGGACAUCUGGGUUCCGCAGUAGGAUCUUACUUCCAUCUCCUAAGAUGGCUGUUUGGUCUAAACCUACUCUUAUCUGCUUUGCUGAUAUCCUUCGUGGUAGUGCCUCAAGCUUUACAUGACCAAGCUGGGAACAGUACCAAUGAGCUAGGAGUGCUGGAUUUCAUAAGCGGUAGGGGCGGUCUGGAGCACACGUUGCUUUUCUACGGUCACUACCACGACUCCGAGAUCGACACGCCGGGCCCAGUCCAUUACUACAUGCCAUUCGCUUACUUCUAUACGAUGCUCUGCCUCUAUUUAAUGUUCUUCGCGGUGCUGUGCUACAGGACCGCAUACUCGUACCGGCGCAAUUUCAUCGAGCCGUCGGGCGGCCACAGCGCGUUCUCGCACCUGCUGGCCGCCAAGCUGUUCUGCGGCUGGGACUUCGGCAUCGCCUCGCCCGCCGGCGCCGCGCUCGCCGCGCACGCGCUCUACCUCGAGUUCAAGGAGUUGCUGAACGAACGAAACCGGAACCAAAUGGCGACGUCAGUGUGGGUCCGCGCCUGGCAGCGCAUGGCCAACGUGCUGGUGACGAUGUUGGUGUUGGCUAUCAUCGUCGGCAUCCAGUACGGCCUGUGGCUGCUACUGGCCGUCGAGGAGUUGACGGACAACAGGGAGAUAUACAUAUCGUUGGCCAUCACGGCGGUGGUCGGCGUAUGUCCGAUGCUACUAAGUUUUAUAGUUAAGUUGGAGUACUACGAGGCCCGAACUGCGUUCUACGUGACCUUGGCCAGGACUUGGCUGUUGGACAUUGGCACUUUGGUCAUCUUGCUGGUGUAUUGGUCACGUUCUGGUGACGAGUGCUGGGAAACCCGCGUGGGUCAAGAGGGCUACCGGCUGGUGAUCUUGGACGUGCUGGUGUCGCUGCUCCUGAUACCCUCAGUGGAGUUCGUGCGAGGAAUGCUGUUCAAGUGGAGCGUUCUAGGAAAGGCGCCAGCGUUCGACAUAACGUACAACUCGCUAACUCUGAUCUACAACCAGUCGGUGCUGUGGCUGGGCAUGCUGUUCUCGCCUCUAUUGGUAGUGGCUGUAACGCUCAAAUUCCUAUUGCUGUUCUACGUGAAGCGGGAGAGCGCUUUACGUAUGUGCCAGACUAGCAAGAAGGUGUGGCGCGCGGCCCAAACACAAACAGUUCUAUACAUGCUCGUCACCCUGUCGCUGUUUACUACGCUCUUUGCCGUAGGAUCGCUAUUCCUAAGGUCGUCGUCGCAGACGUGCGGCCCGUUCCGGCGGUACGAGCACGUGUUCGCGAUAGUGAGCGAAGGUCUGCUGCGACUGUCGGAACGCGACGCACUCCGCGCCGUGUUGCAUUUCUUCGUGCGGCCCGGCCCCAUCGCCUUCGUGCUGCUGGGGCUGUGUGUGGGCGUGUACAUUAUGCGCGCGCGCUCGGCAGCUCAGCGCUCGAUGGCCGGCAUUUUGCGACAGAUGCUGCGACUCCAGGCGAAGGAUAAGGACUUCCUCUUGUCUGCCAUCGAGAAAGUCUCUAAUGGAGAAUGGCUCUAUAGCCCAAAACCGGAAGACUACGGAGCGGACAGCCACACGUGGAAGUACUUGAACGAGGUCCGAAAACCUUCCAACGCGGGAUUUCACUUCGACGGAUCUAGAUUAAGCCAUUCGUUCCUAGAAAGACCAAAGUCGUACGUGAAGGAAACUCGACCUACUUCCUAUCACACCGAGAGACCAAAGUCGCACGAGGACGGUGAUACCGACAGUUCCUUCAGCUGGCAAGGCUCCAGUAGUUAUUUGAACCAAAAGGACGAUGCUGAAGAGAAAAGAUAACCUUGAAAGUUAUAUGGAUAGAUCAAUAUAUACUUAAAUAAGGGUACCUACUUCUAAGUAAUAUACGUAGUUCGUUUCAAACUUCUAGUUUGGAAAUACUGGAUCUUCGGAGUAAUAUGGAUCUUAUAUUAAAGGAAUCUAUUAUCAUAUAUAAAUUUCCUCUAAUUCUUGGGCUCGGGCUUAUGACUGAACGUUUAUAAAACAAAAAUCAGAAGUACUGGAUUUACGACUUUAAAAUCAUUGAUAUUCGAUCUAUUUUACUUUGACGGUAAAGAGUUUGAUAACGACUGAGCGAGCAAUGUAAAGUUAUACUAAGGCUAUUGUUUCAAUCUAUGUUCCAUUAACACUAUAUUUACGCCGUUUAUGACGUCACAUAAAAACAAUAUCGCGGUAUAAGAAACAAUCUGUCAAGGUAACACUGACAGUAUAUGCAGGGUUAAUCUUCGCCUAUUUGCAAUAUUUGAAAAAUAGUUUUGAGAGUUCAGUUAGACUCAGUGGCGUGCAAGGGGUUUUUGACCAGGACAUUGAUAAGGAAGGAAAAUGGCAUAAA